AUGAUGGACAAUGAUGUAAACUCUUCUUAUUUAUUCGGAAUUGAUGAAACAUGGGGAGAAAGAGAGUUUUUCACGUAUUACAGCGAAUUUGGCGAUCGAAAAGGAGCGAGUGCCGUCGAGGUAAUCAUACUGGCAAUAACAUUUGUCAUAGCAGUGGUAGCAAAUUUUGGGAUAGCGGCAUGUGUGUUAUCGUACAAGGAAAUGCGUACACCGACAAACCUCUGCCUAGUUAAUUUGGCUGCAGCUGAUUUACUGUUUGCAUUAGGAGUACCAGCCGUCGCUUACACACGGCUUACACAAUCCUGGCGUCUUGGUGAUACCGUUUGUCGUCUACUCCCUUAUUCACAAUUCGUAUGUGGGUUCGUGUUAUUGUGGACAUUGACACUGAUAUCGAUGGACCGGCACAGAUGUUUAGCAGUAGCGCCUUACAGAAGUGCUUUGACAACAGGGCGAGUACUGGCAGCGAGUUUUAUGACAUGGUUUAUUGGUUCAUUGAUAUUUUUACCAGUUGUAUUCUGGUUUCAACAAAAGGUGAUAAAGGAUUUUACUAUUUGCACGCUAAUAUUCCCAAUAAAUCAAAUUGUAAACGUAUCACUUUGCUUCACCAUUCCGAUAAUAAUAAUCGCGUGUUUAUUGCCGAUGUGCUUGCUGGUUUACCAUUACCAGAGAAUAUUCCAAAAGAUUAUUGACACAAGGAGUAGGUGGGCCGUUUCAUGUGUCACUCAGGGUCAAGAUCCAAUGAGACGUGACUCAGAACUAUCAGUAGUCGGAACCUUGGUUCCCUGGGCAGGAAGAAAAUCAUCAGCGGCCUCGGUGUCAAGCCGACCUGGCCGCGCCGGGAGUUUAUCUCAACACGAAGAAAUACGACUGCACAAACAUUUAAGAGUAGUGCGGAUUCUCCUGGUUAACGUGUUUGCCGUAUUAAUAAUGUGGUUGCCAAUAACAAUAAUAAUGCUGCUAAUAUAUUUGGACAGUCGUCGGCCACCAAGUGAUACCACCGAUUACUUUCUCCGGUCGCGUCAUUUUAUCUGGACACUAAUAAUAGCCCAGUUAAACACCGUAAUAAAUCCACUAUUAUACGGAGUAUUGUCCGAGAACUUUCGAGCGUGCUUCGCCAAAAUGUGCCGGCGUAAUAAUGGAACAGGAAGUGAACGACCUAGCGCCGGUGGUAUUGUAGUACCAGGUGGUAAUAAUUCCUGUGCUAACAACUUAAAUUCACGUAAAAAUUCUAAAUCCCUUGAAAUAAUCCAAAACCGUCUGCGUACGCGCAGUAAUAACAGUUUUAAGAAUAUUAAAAUACAAUCGAAAAAAAGUUCCAGUAGUAUUGGGAGUAUCAUUGAAGCUACGGAGAAAAUUUAA